AUGACACAGAGACAAAUACCCAAGGUAGAUGAGGAUAAACAUGGAGUUCUGAGUGUCGUUUUUGUUCAGCCUUUUGCAUUAGGACGAACUCAGAUAUCUAUCUAUCUAUCUAUCUAUCUAUCUAUCUAUCUAUCUAUCUAUCUAUCUAAGUUUGUAUUUAUAUCUAUCUAUAACAUUAUUCAUAUCUAUCUAUCUAUCUAUCUAAGUUUGGUUAUAUAUCUGUCUCACUUUAUCUCUCCCUCCAUACUCUAUCUAUCUAUCUAUCUAUCUAUCUAUCUAUCUAUCUAUCUAUCUAGAACAGUCUAUUCAUCUCUCUGUUUUUCACUAUCACAGUAUUUAUAUCUAUCUAUAACAUUAUUCAUAUCUAUCUAUCUAUCUAAUAUUUAUAUCUAUCUAUCUAUCUAUCUAUCUAUCUAUCUAUCUAUCUAUCUAUCUAAGUUUGGUUAUAUAUCUGUCUCACUUUAUCUCUCCAUCCAUACUCUAUCUAUCUAUCUAUCUAUCUAUCUAUCUAUCUAUCUAUCUAUCUAUCUAGAACAGUCUAUUCAUCUCUGUUUCUCUCUAUCACAGUAUUUACAUCUAUCUAUCUAUCUAUCUAUCUAUGUAUUUAUUUCAAUAUUUACCUUUGUUAUUUUCUUUCUCUCUUUCGUACACAACACACACUUUAUCUUUCUCUCUCUCUCUCUAAAAUGUCUAUCUAUCUAUCUAUCUAUCUAUCUAUCUAUCUAUCUAUCUAUCUAUGUCUUUCUGUUCAAAUCUAUCUAUUUCAAUUUUCUCAUUUCUGUCACUGUUAAUAUCUAUCUAUCUAUCUAUCUAUCUAUCUAUCUAUCUAUCUAUCUAUCUAUCUAUCUUAUUCUGUUCAUAUCUAUCUAUCUUAUUGUGUAUUUGUCUAUAUUUCUGAGAGCAGUCUAUCUCAUUCUGUUCCUUCCUAUCUAUCUAUCUAUCUAUCUAUCUAUCUAUCUAUCUAUCUAUUUUCACUUUGUCAUUUCUAUUUUAUCACUGUUAAUAUCUAUCUAUCUUUUCUGUUCUGUUCAUAUAUAUCUUUUUUAUUCUGUUGAUAUCUAUCUAUCUAUCUAUCUAUCUAUCUAUCUAUCUAUCUAUCUAUCUAUCUCAGUUUUUUCAUUAUCUAUCUAUCUAUUGGAUUAUUUUCAUUAUCUAUCUAUCUAUCUAUCUAUCUAUCUAUCUAUCUAUCUUCUUUCCAAUUGA